UAGGCGUGUUGCGGUGGAGGUCGUUUUGUUGUUUUAAUUUCAACAUCAUGAUCGUCGAAUAGAGAGUGCGUGGUGUAUUUAUAAAUGAACGCAAGUACCUAACUUAACUUUAAUUGAUAGUCCAGACUUUAAAAUUGUGAUACUUAUUUUCAUAAUACUUAAAUUUAGUGUGUUAAUAUUUAAAGAUUUAAAUAAGAGUGCCAAAGUGCCAAACCGAAUUAAGCCUAAAAACAAUUCAAACUUCGAAGUUUUGUUUCAAAUUUUGAGGCUAUUUUUAACAGAGAAAAAGAAGAAUAAAGUGGAAACUUUACAUACAUAAUGGAUUUUACUAAAGAACGUCUUAAUCCCAAUCCAAGAGAGAAGGCGACGCCUUUCGGCCUGCUUUUCUUCACAUAUACAAUAGGAAUGUUUAGAAAAGGAUAUUCAAAGACAUUUGAAGUGGAUGACUUAUAUAAUCCAAUCAAAAGUGAUAGAAGUAAGAUUUUAGGUGAUAGAUUAGAAAGAUCAUGGAAUAAUAUUUAUGAAAAAUCCGUCCAAAAAAAUCGAAAACCUAGUCUUUUAUUCGCUAUGAUUGCUUCAUUUUGGCCGGAAUAUACAAUUUUAAGAAUUAUAUUAGUUAUAAUGAACACAUCCUCUUUAUUACAACCUAUAAUGUUAGGAAAACUAUUAAAUUAUUUUAGGGAUGAUAGUGAUAUCACAAAGAAUCAAGCAUUUUUAUAUGCUGGAGCCGUAGUUUCUUGUAUAUUUAUUACUAGUUUAAUGAAUAAUCAUGUUUUUAUGGGUGGUUUUCAUUAUGGAAUGAAAUUGAGAGCAGCAUGUUGUGCACUUAUAUACAGAAAGUCAUUGAGAUUAAGUAAAACCGCUUUAGGAGAAACAGCUUCGGGAAAAAUUGUGAAUUUAUUAUCCAACGAUGUUAGUAGAUUCGAUUUGGUUAGUAUCUUGAUUCAUCACAUGUGGGGAUCUCCAGUAGUUGCCCUAAUUGUCACUUAUUUUAUGUGGACCGAAGUGGGAUGGGCUGGAAUACUUGGCAUUGCAACAGUAAUAUCUGUAGUGCCCUUGCAAGGUUACUUGGGUAAACUUGCUGCGGUUUACAGGAAAGCCACCGCCUUAAAAACAGAUGAAAGGGUACGGUUGAUGGAUGAAAUUCUAUCAGGAAUUCAAGUUAUAAAAAUGUAUGCAUGGGAAAAACCGUUUGCUAAGCUCAUCGGAAACUCUAGGAAAGCUGAAUUAAAAAUUAUUAUUAAGUCUGCAUACGUUCGAGGUGUUUACAUGGCCUUUGGCUUAUUUACAACUAGAGUGGCUUUAUUCAGUACCCUUCUUACGAUUUCGUUAACCGACAAACCAAUUACCGCAUCACUAGUUUUCGUCCUGAUGUCUUACUUAAAUUUAGUGGCUCAGACCAUGUCGCAGAUGUUUGUGAGAGGCAUAUCUGAAAUUGCAGAAGUUUUUGUUGGUAUUAAGCGUUUAGAAGAAUUUAUGCUUAAUGACGAAUUUGAAAUCAAAAAGCAACUCUCUUAUGACGAUAGUAAUGAAGCAGAUAAAAGCAAGAUUAAGCUGCAAGAGCUAACCGUAAAAUGGAAUGCACGACUAUCAGAUAAUGCGUUAGAAAAUAUUAAUUUGAACGUCAAAAAAGGGACGCUUGUCGGUGUCAUAGGCCCAGUAGGUAGUGGAAAAAGUUCGUUACUACAAACUAUAUUAGGGGAACUAGAAUUAGUAUCUGGUAAGAUACAGGUGAACGGUACUGUUUCUUAUGCUUCCCAAGAGCCUUGGGUUUUCGCCGCUACAGUUAGACAAAACAUUGUCUUCGGCAGCGAGUAUGACAAGAAGAGAUAUAGCGCUGUAGUAAAGGCGUGUGCUUUGGAGAAAGAUUUUGAUCAGUUUUCUAAUGGCGAUUUGACAAUUGUUGGAGAUAGAGGAGCUUCGUUGAGCGGUGGACAAAAAGCUAGAAUCAAUCUUGCCAGAGCAAUCUACCGCGAAGCUGACAUAUAUCUGCUAGACGAUCCACUAUCCGCUGUAGAUAUCCACGUUUCUAAACAUCUGUAUGACCAGUGUAUUAAUGGAUAUCUUUCUCAUAAAACCCGUAUCCUGGUAACUCAUCAAGUACACCAUUUGAAAAAUGCUGACCAUAUUAUUAUUUUAAAUAAUGGUAAAAUUGAAAAUGAAGGAUCAUUUAAAGAACUAUCUGAAAGUGAUAAUCUGUAUGCCAAAUUGCUAACCACUGAACCAGAAGCACCAGAAGAGGAGAAAAAAAAGGCCGCGAAGAGCGUAAAAAGGGAUAGAAAAAUAUCGACAAAAAGCAGUAAAUCGUUAGGAAGUGCAAUAAGCACAUUGAGUAUACCUGAAUCAAUUUUAACUGAGCAGGACGAUGCUGAUCAUGAAACGGAAGAAGAACCUGAAAUUGAAGUAAAAGCUCUUCAGGAGGAAUCAUCCAAAGGAAAAGUUCAAGGAAAUUUGUUUCUGAAGUACCUUUUUUCUGGAGGAAAUAGUUGCGUUGUUAUAACCGUGUUUGCCCUAUUUUUAUUAGCUCAAGGUGCAGCUAUGGCCGUAGAUUAUUUUGUUAGUUUUUGGGUGAAAAUAGAGGAUUUUAAAGCAGUAAACGCUACUUCAUUACCUGCAGAAAACAAUAAUACCAUUGUUACCUCUGACGAUGUUGAAAUUACACCGCUCAACAUCUUUGACGCUUUUUACUGGGGAAGAGACACGUUUCUUUAUAUUUACGGUGGUCUAGUCGCAAUUCUCUUUGUUUUGGCGCUGAGUCGUUCAUUACUUUUCUAUAAAUUAACUGCGCUCUGCUCUCAAAAGUUACACGACAACAUUUUUACAAGCGUUGUUCGUUCCCCAAUGAGAUUCUUUGAUACUAAUCCAGGAGGUAGGAUUCUAAAUAGAUUUUCAAAAGAUAUAGGAUCCGUAGAUGAGCUACUACCUAAAGCUAUUUUAGAUGCAUCGCAACUUAUUUUAAUGGCAUUCGGCUCAGUUUUCCUGAUCACUAUAGUUAAUCCAAUGUUCUUGAUUAUGGUGGCCGUUAUUACUACUCUUUCGUUGGUUAUAAGAAGCAUAUAUUUAAGGACAUCAAAGAAUAUAAAGCGACUCGAGGGAGUCAUGAGAAGUCCAGUUUUUACACAUUUGAACACGACAUUAAAUGGUUUAACAACUAUUCGUGCCUUUGGUGCUCAGAAUGUUUUGAGUAAUGAAUUUGAUAAUCAUCAAGAUUCACACACCGGUGCAUGGUUUAUGUUCAUUUCGGCCAGUUCAGCUUUUGGAGUUUGUAUGGAUCUUUUCUGUUGUAUUUUCAUUGGUUUAAUUACAUUCAGUUUUCUAACGUUUGGAGAAGAUAUUGGAAUGAGCGGUGGAGAAGUAGGAUUAGCAAUUACACAAGCCAUUUCGUUAUCUACGGUACUUCAAUGGGGUCUGCGUCAGUCGGCUGAAGUAGCUAAUCAGUUGAUGUCGGUGGAAAGGAUACUGGAAUAUAAACAAUUGCCGGCGGAAAAAGAGCCAGUCAAUCCGAAAAAAGCACCUGGCAGUUGGCCCGACAAAGGCGAAGUAAUUUUUGAUGAUACGGGGCUGAAAUACGAUGAAGGAGGAGCUCUAGUUUUGAAGCAUUUGAACUUGACUAUUAAAUCUAAUGAAAAAAUUGGAAUUGUUGGUAGAACGGGAGCGGGGAAAUCUUCGCUGAUUUCUGCACUGUUUCGUUUAGCAAAGAUCGAAGGCAAGAUCAGAAUCGACCAAAUAAAUACUCAAGAUAUUUCCUUAGAAACACUCAGAUCAAACAUUUCUAUAAUACCUCAGGACCCCGUGCUAUUUUCUGGCACUUUACGUUACAACUUAGAUCCAUUUGACCAAUACAAUGAUGAAAUACUAUAUAAAGCAAUUGAAGAUGUCGAAUUAAAGGAUCCAGCUAAUGUUAUCAACAGAUUAGAAAAUAGAGUUAUGGAUAGAGGUGCUAACUACAGUGUGGGGCAAAGACAGCUUAUUUGUUUAGCCAGAGCCAUUAUCCGUAAAAACAAAAUUUUGAUGCUGGACGAAGCGACUGCAAAUGUUGAUCCACAGACUGAUGCUUUAAUUCAGAAGACCAUCCGAAAAAAGUUCGCUAACUGUACCGUUAUCACAGUGGCUCAUCGUUUGAACACUAUUAUGGAUUCCGAUAAAGUUUUGGUUAUGGAUUCUGGAACUAUGAUGGAAUUCGAUCAUCCAAAUAAUCUUUUACAAAAUCCGAGUAGCAUUUUCCAUAAAAUGGUUCAUGAGUCGGGCGAAGCGAUGUCCGAACAACUCAUAAAAGUAGCCAAGGAGAGUUUUGCAAGGCAAAAUAGUCUGCCAGAAUAA